UUCCGAGUCUCCUCUUUCAUUUCUCGAGGCCAUUACUGCUACUGCAGUGCUGCUGUCUCUUUCUUUCACUCGCCGCCGUCGCCUGAUUCAGUCUUCGAGGCGGCAGAGCUCUUGGAGCUUUUUCCGGUGAUCGUCAGCGGGUUUUGGCUGUCUUUGCUCUGGUUUUCUUCCUCGAUCUUUCAGUUUCACUGCCGCUGUGUUCCUUUGGCUGUUCUGAAGAUGGGAGGCAGUCCGGCUCCAUUUGCAGAUAUUGGCAAGAAAGCCAAAGAUCUCUUGAACAAGGAUUACAUUUUCGACCAGAAGUUUACUCUGACAAUGCUGAGUGCCACAGGAAUGGAACUUGUGGCUACAGGGUUAAAGAAGGAUGAAUUCUUCUUUGGUGACUUAAGCACUGUGUACAAAGGUCAAAAUACUGUUGUUGAUAUGAAAAUCGACACUUACUCUAAUGUGUCAACAAAAGUUACUGUCAACAAUCUCUUGCCUACUGCCAAAGCAUCUAUCAGCUUUAGAAUACCUGAUCACAAGUCUGGCGAGCUGGAUGUGCAAUAUGUUCAUCCACAUGCCACGAUCAGUUCUAGAAUUGGCCUGAACCCGACUCCACUGCUAGAUCUUUCAGCAACUAUUGGAAGUCAAGAUCUUUGCCUCGGAGGUGAAGUGGGUUUUGACUCAGCUUCUGCCUCACUAACCAAGUACAACGCAGGGAUCGCCUUGAACAAGCUAGACUUCUCUGCAGCACUCAUACUGGCGGACAAAGGAGAGACGCUGAAAGCUUCUUACGUCCACACAGUGAACCCAACGACGGCAAUAGGUGCUGAACUGACGCAUCGUUUCUCCUCGUAUAACAACAACUUCACCGUCGGAAGCUCUCACGCAAUGGAUCCUUUCACCGUCCUUAAGACCCGAUUCUCCGACAACGGGAAAGCAGGAAUGGUGGUUCAGCGGGAAUGGAGACCAAAGUCGCUCAUCACAUUCUCGGCCGAAUAUGACUCCAAGGCUCUCAAUGCUUCACCAAGGCUGGGUCUUGCCCUUAAUCUCAAGCCUUGAGUAGAAGCCUUUUCCACCCAAACAAACAAAAAAAGGGUCUAUGAUAGUGGUGUUGCAGGCUUACGUGUAGUUUGGCGAUAAUGAUAUCCGCCUCGGUAGCCGACAACGAUUCUAAGUGGCCAGAUAUGGCAUCUUCUCGAACUUGCGCUACUCGAAAUUGUUUAAUUAUACGCUUAUUAAACGGUUA